AUGAAAAUUUUAUAUGUAUGUGAUACCAGAUUUAGCAUUUUCAAUUCUAAAGAAAAAAAAUACUUAUUUAAAUAUUGGUCAUAUUCUUUGCAAGAUAUAAUAAAUAAUAGUAAAUCUAGGAAUAUAAAUUUUUGGCUAGUUUGUAUAAAUUUAAUAGACUAUCUAGACAUUUUAAAUUUUUCUGAUUUGUUUGAUUAUGAAAAUGUGAAAAAAGCUAUAGAGAAAAUUUCUUAUUAUUUUCAAUUUAAUAAUAAUGAUGAAAUGAAUAACAAAGAAAUUACUGUUGAUCCCUUAUUAGCAUUUUUCAAAAGUGCAGAAAACAUUGUAAAAAUAAAAGAGUGUAAUAAAAUUAUAAUACUAUCAUGCAAUAUUUAUAUGUGGGAAAACAAAAUUUCUGAAUUGAAAUUAAUAGGAGAUACAUUUUACACUUACUUAUGUGAAUUCUAUUUUUUUAAUAUUGAGAACAAUAAAAUAAGUGCUAUAAACAAAAUAGAUCAAAUCAAAAAUGAUUUAGAUAAGUAUUCUAAUUUUUUCUUUAAAAAUAUUAAAUUAAAUAAAAUUAAUAUUUUACAAAUAUCAAAAGAAAUAUUAUCUAUAAAAUUCCUUGUAUCUUUUACAUUAAAUUUAAAAAAUGAAUUAUUAUUUAAAUGUGAAGGAAUACCACUAAUAACAGAGUUAAGUCAUUCGUCUUAUAUUGGUUUAAAUAAAUUUUCAAUUGAAUUUGAUAUAAGAGCGAAAGCUUUAAAGGAUGGAAUAUCACAACAUUUAAUCUAUGGAAUACCAAUAUUCUUAAGUAGCAUAUCAUUUUAUAAAACAAAUUUAAUUUCAUUGUGCUCAUUAUCCAAAGAAUUAUAUGAAAAGGAUCAAGUUUUAAUACUAAGAUCAAAUAUAAAUCCUAUUGAUUUAAAAAUACAUGAAAAAGAAGUUCGAUUCUUGUGGGUAGGAGUUCCUAUGAUUAAAGAUGAAAAAUCAAUAGCUUUAUGCUUACAUGGUCUAUCAACACAGGAAACUUAUUCUCUUUCUAUUGAAGAAAGUUUACUAAAAAUAGAAACCCCAAAAAACAUUUCAGAAACAAAAUUAAAAGAAAUAUUUAAUUUUUUAAUAUUAGUUGAUGAAUUUAAUCCACUGGAUUAUAGUAAUCAAAGGUUUGAAUAUUCUUUUAAGAAUUCCAGAAGUUCAUUGAUAGAUACUUUAAAUAAACAAAAAAGUUUUAAAAAAAGGAAAAAAAAACUUACUAUUUUACAAAAAAAUAUGGACGAUGAUUUGGAAAUACAAAAGGAAAUAUUACAAAAAAAUGACAUUCCAAAAAGUAAAGAUAUAGGAAAAAAAAAAGAAAUUAUUGACCCAAGAUCUCUUCUUUUAGAUAAUAUGAAUAAGGCUUUUCAAAAAAACAUCAUUUAG